AUGCCCUCAUCGCCUGAUAACGCCGCAGCCCUUUCGAACCCCCAGCCUGGAAUUGGAUACCUAUACCAGCAGCACCAACGCAACCGGUCGCGAGGCGUCGACACCGUGCAGACACGUGGGCGGAACAUAUCGCGAUAUGAAUUUGGAAGAAGAGACCGCCAUGGGGAGCGCGUUACGCGCAUCUUCCCCAGAGAGAUAGCAAAGUCUCCGCAGUCUGCGACGCGAUACCAAGCUUCCCCUAAUACAGCGACCUCGCCCCUCAUCACCGCCUUUGGUACUACGACGAGCACUGCUGCGCACUAUACCAGCGAGUGGACAAAGUCGCUGCCGUUCUUUGCCGGGCAAGCCCCACCCAAUGGGAGAAGUAUAAGCGGCUCUCCCGGCCAGAACUUCGGCGUCUCCAACUCACCACCUACCAUCGGGGGCCGGCCGAUGAGCCAUCCGAACCACUAUCCCAGUUUUGGCGGCAGGCUAGGCGUCUCCCCACGCCAGUCGCCGCCGCGGGAUCGCCGUGCUUCCAUGUUCUCGCAAUAUUCACAGCACCCGCCUCUCCCACACCAACCGCAGUCACAUUUCUACGGUCUUCCUGACGUCGACUUCGGUCUGGAUGGCCCGCAGGGCGAGCUGAUACCGGGAGCAAAUGGUUACUUCUGCGGGUUUGAUACUCUCGACUCGGCUGGUGAUAAACCGUCUUCGCGCCUGGGACAGAAUGCACUCUUGGUGGGUUAUGAGGGUGGUCUUGAUGUCCUCGAUGUCAGAGCGUCGCACAUGAACGUGUUGGGGCGGAUAGAAGGCCUACGAGGCGCCGUCAUAGGUGCAAAGAUAGUGCAGUGGUCCGGCGGGGCAGACCCUUGUGCAGACGAUCGUCCAUUAGUCGCACUUGUCAUUCACGGACCUCUCCUGGAUGGUGUAAAGGAUACCCGUCAUUCAAGUGGCUCUUCUUCUGGCGCCUGCACCGAUGAGAACGAAGGCUCGUCAAGCCCGCCCACUCGUCCAGCCUCCGCUUUGGGCGAUACGAAUCUGGCAGACGUGACCCACUAUCAGACGACCGUUGAGAUAUGGUCCCUGAAAAAGGGCACGCAUGUCGCGACAUUGUACAAAGCCCCACCGGUGCCCCUCACCACGCCAUUGGACAGCCCUGUCUUUCAAGCUCCGCCUCCGGUAGGUGAUCUGCGGAUCGACGCCAAGGGUAAAUUCGUGGUUGUCGCUUCAGGGUGCAGCGGAGAGGUGUUCGUCUUCUCUCCGAAGCAUGAAGAAGCCCACCCGGAGUCAUUCAGAUGCAUCGGCAAGGUCUGGACGACGGUACAAGUCCGCGAGCAUACCCCAACUCCCAGCUCAGCCAGCUCGACAGAGUUGAACAGCCUCGAGAGUGAAAAUGUGGUUUCUUUCGGUAACCCAUUAUUCUCGCUCAGUGAGCGCUGGCUUGCCGUCGUACCUCCAGGAUCGUCUUCGCUGUAUUCCCUUAACGGAGCCACUCUGCUGUCACCCUCGCAACCAAAGCCGCCCGGGAUGAGCACUCACGCUCCGCCUCCACCUCCUUCCGCGAACUGUCAAGUCGAUGCUCCUGAGGAUAGUUUCUUCAAAAAUGCUUCGCGGGAGGUGGCUCAGCAAGCUAUGAAGGGUAUGCAGUGGGCUGCUAGUACCGGCAUGCAGGCGUGGAAGAACUAUUGGAGCAACAAGCCCGCAAGCGAACAGCAUCCGAAUGGUACAAUGCCCAUCGACAACCAAGGACAGGCGUAUUUCCCACCUACUCAUGGUCACAAUCAAACCUCUCCACAAUCCAGCAACGAGCCGUCUUUGGUUUCGAUCUUCGACAUGCAGAAGAUGGCCGAAGCCGAUUCUCCGAAGAACCGGAGCACUCUUCAGCCGCUCACCACGUUCACGGCACCCCUCGGCUGUAGCUUCUUGAGCUUUUCACCCAGUGGGCUGAUGUUGAUGACUUUCAGUAAAAAGGGAGACAAUCAGUUCGUCUGGGACUUGAACUGCAUGCAUCACACCAGCUCUCGUGGCACGCGUGGAAACAGGUCCUCACAGUCGCACGUCCGGCAGGUUGCAAAAUUCACGCGGAUGACUAUCGCUAAUAUCGUUGAUGUUGCGUGGUCUGCGCCCAGUGCCCGCCGGCUGGCAAUUCUGACGGACAAAGGAACUGUGCAUAUGUACCCAAUGCCGGCGUCCGCAUUCCAGUGGCCUCCGCCAAGACGUGUCCGCAAGCCGAAUGAACAGCCAAAGAAAGAAGUUGUGGAAGAGCAGCCAGCGAAAGGAAGCGGCAUCAUCGGCUCAGCUGCUCAAAACAUUACCGGCAAGGCCAAGCCCUUCUUCAGCUCUGUCCGCAACCGUGGUGGCAGUGUAGGAUCCGGUUUCAGCUUGAGCAACCUCAGCAUGACUCCUGCUGCCGGUGCCAAGGGCGGAAAGGCUGUUGCUGCUGGAAUCGGGAAGUCGAUUGGCGGUGCUGCUAGUAACCUCAAGCACGCAAGCGAUAAUAAGCUUCAACUGCCUUUGUUGAUCAACGGCGUUAACCCAUCGUCUGUCGCUUGGUUAAUCAACCCGAAGUAUCGUGAUCCUCGCGUUGCACUCGUUUCCGGGGGUGUUUUGACGAUCCACAAGGUCAACUUCAAGGAGGUUCGCAGCAAGAACGGCAGACCCCAGACGCGUAUCACCAAGCAGAAGCUCGUGGAGUACAGUCUGAACCCGAUUAGAGAUAGCCCGAUCGCUCCUGCUACGCUGGCGUAUCUUACCUCUAAGCUGGGUGAAGAUGCUGCGCCGCUUCCUGGGAUCGAGAAGUCUGGAGAGUCCUACUGGACACCGAAGGCUCCUGCCAUUGGUGGGACUAAAGCAAAGGGUAUGAUGGCUCACCCUCUGGCGACUGCAGAGAUCGAGACCAAUACACCUUACCAGCCUUUCCACACUGACAGGCGGAUUGACCUGUUCGUCAACGAAAUUCCUGCCCAGGCCCAUGUUGAAGAUGAAGCAGAGCAGGAAGUCUCGGUUAUUGGAGCGAUGCAUCACGUUGAUGACGAUGGCAUCUGGGCUUUUGGAUCUGAUAUUCCUUCUGCCAAGGUCACACUUCCGUCCUCGCACGCUUAUGAUGAUGACCCUCUUUCCGACGACCUCGGCCUUGACAUCAACGGCAACGGCCCAGGUCCGGGAGGCGCUGCCGGCAUGGUGAGCGACUUCGCUUUGCGCGAAGGUGAUGAGGAGGUUGAGCAGGUCGUCGUCACCACCAGACGCCGCCGUCUCAAGCGCAAGGACAUUGACGAGGUGACCGAGCCUGACGAGGGCUUUUUCGAAGACGAUUGUGAGGUUUGGGACUUUGCGGGUGACAGGGUGUAG